AUGCCGCAGUCGCCAAACUUUCCGCCCUCCACGACUGCUGCCGCCACCGCCGGCACCGCGGCCACCACCCAUCCCACCACGUCGGCCGAUCGUAGGCUAUCCGCCGCGGACAGCAUCUCGAGUGGUGCAAACAAGCGUUCGUCCCUACCACCCGGAUUCCGGCCCUUUAGCCAUCACCUGCACGGCCAGCACGGGCAGUACAAUGCCUCUCCGCUGCAGCGCACACUAACUCCACCGCCACCUGAUGCUCUAGGUCCAAACGACCCCGAGCCCUUCCCUUCCGUCGAGUCACUGGAAAGUGCGGGGUCCGGUCAAAACUUCCACAUUUCAGGAUCCGGCCUGCCUACGUCGGCCUCGUCUAAUGAGAACACUAGCCCGUUGCAGUACCAUUCACACCCAUAUCAGCACUCGCAGUCAUCUUCGUUCGGCAGCAAAUCAGAUGUUCUGGAAAUUUACUGCGCGUCCUGUGGACGGCCGUGGCUACUCAAAAAUGCAUUCGCCUGCACCGAGUGUGUCUGUGGCGUCUGCAGCGACUGCGUCGGACAGAUCAUCAGCAGUCCUGUAGUCGCUGUCCAACCAGGAUUCGCACCGAUGCGCCGCGGCUGCCCCCGCUGCGGAGUCAUGGGCGGGAAGUGGAAGCGAUUUCAGCUCGAUUUUCGAUAA